AUGAAUACCGACCUCCUGGACAAGAACUUCGCCGUUGGUUAUCCUGAAGAGCUGGAUGGCCAGCUUGACAUGGCCAAUGGGCAUGCAAAUGUUUGCAAAUUCAAUCGACUUGGAACGUUGGUUGCGGUCGGCUCCAAUGAUGGUCGAGUAUUUCUCUUCGAUUUUGUCACGCGUGGCUUGAUAAAGGUAACUUUCUUUCACUUUUACUUUCUUUUCAAUUUUUAGGAAAGAUUUUUGGAUUCUACGUUAUCCUCGAUAAAUUAGAUGUUGUUCGUUCAAAAGCUGAUCUUUGCUGGAGCGGACAAUGAUUGGUGUAUCUUUCUAAAAAUCAUAAAUUAUAAUGCCGCUUUUCAGAGUUGGACAGCCCAUGUUAAACCGAUCUCAUCGUUGGACUUCAGCCGUAGUGGCCGAAUGUUGAUCUCCGGGAGCGCUGAAAGCGCUGUUGCCUUAUGGAAUGUUGUCGAUACCUCCGGUCAAGUUGACCGCUUUCAUUUUGGAACUUGUGUCACUGCUACUUAUGCCCACUUUAACCCCAGGCAAGUUGGUCGUACUUUUUUUCUUGUUGUUUAAGGUUUUCGAGCUUGGUGGUCAUGAAUAACAUAAAUUUGGGUAUUCUUUGAGGUGAAAUUAUUACCGAUUUUUCAGAGAUGAGAAGCAGAUCUUAGUACUUAUUUUUGGAACCCAAACAUCAUCGGUUUCAUCAUGCAUUCUUCGAAAUAUUGACUCCAAAGAGGAAAUCAGGCUAGGCACGCAAUUGCCUUCUCAAGACGACGCGAUUUCAGCUGCGACUUUCGACAAGAGAGGCCAAUUUGUUCUUCUGGGUACAAAUAAAGUAGGUUUAAGCCAUUUAUGGAUAUAUUUAUUUUUUUCUAUGCUAGACUUGUGUUGCCUAGUGUAAUAUAAAUUUAGCUACGAAAACAACUUGAUUGAUUUUUUUUCAGGGCCGAGUUCUUAUGUAUUGUGCAAAGACCCGCAAACUGUUGAAGACAGUGGCUCAGCAAGUAAACCACAUGAUACGCAACUUCGUAAUCACUCGUCGAAAUGGCUUUGUAAUGACAAAUUCGUACGAUCGAAUUGUCCGAUGCUACAAACUGGAGGACUUUAAGAAAGCGAGCGAUGGACAAGUGAUUGAGCCCCUGCAGAAGUUUCAAGAUAUGGUAAACAAGACCUCGUGGAAGUUGAUUUGCGCCUCGAACGAGGGGGAUUAUGUCUGUGGAGCAAGCACAAAGUCGCAUUCGUUGCAUGUUUGGGAGAGGAAUUCGGGCAACCUGAUCAAGAUUCUUCAUGGACCUAAAGUAAGGAUGGGUGGAUGAAAUGACAGUUUUAGGAGUGGUUUCUACGACUGAAAUACCUCGAUGCAUACAUCAAAGCAAUCGCAAGCUUUUUCUGAUUCAGAACGUGUAAAAAUUAGCUGCCCAAUUUUGGUCUGCAAGGGCGAAAAAAAUUUCAGAACUUUUCUUGCAACACCACGCAAAUGCCACUUUUUUACAUAUGAACUACUAAUUAAGGUGUAGUAAUAAUCAAAUUUGAUAUUGUAAGGCUUGUCAGGAUGCUAGGGUUUACUUUAGCUCCAACCAAAGCUUUUGAAUUGGGAAAAAAUUGGUCAAAAAUGCAUUUGCGUGGUGUUGCGACAAAAGUUCUGAGGAUUUUUUCACCCCUUACAAACCAAAAUUGGGCAGCUGAUUUUUACAUAUUCUACUGAAUCAGAAAAAUUUUGCAAUUUUUUGAUAUAAAGCUGGUCACAGAAGUUUUCGACUUUUGUUUUUGCUGUUGAGUCGAAUUUCGGUGCAAAAAUGGGUUGACAUUGAUUUUGAAAAAUCAGCGCACACUUUAAUUUUCGUCCUGAAGCGAUUUCCCAAAAUCUGCACUGGUUGUUUCCAAAUUUCCGAGCUUUUUUGGCGCUGAUUUUUCAUAAUCAAUGUCAACCCAUUUUUGCACUGAAAUUCUACGCAACAGAAAAAAUAAAAGUCGAGAACUUCGGUGACCACCUUUAUAUAUGUCUCGACUUGUAGCUCCAUAUCUCAUAGAAGUACCUUCCGUGUAAAGAAUUACUAUUAUAAUGAUAACCAUUUGUUAUUUCCAGGGCGAAGUCCUCACCGACGUGCAAUGGCAUCCCUCCCGAUCGAUAAUCCUCUCCGUCGCCAACGGUGUAGUCUCGAUCUGGACCCAAGCACACGUGGAGAAUUGGUCCGCCUUUGCCCCGGAUUUUGUCGAAUUGGAUGAUAACAGGAAGUACGUGGAGACAGAAUUCGAGUUCGACGUGGAAGAUGAGGACGCCUCCGAAGAGACCAAAGAUCACUUGGAUGAGGACGAAGAAGAAGAAAUUGAUGUAACCGGCCUGGAUCCGGCCGAUAUCGGCAGCAGCGAUGAUGAAGUCAACGAAGAAGGAACGCUUUGGUUCUUGCCCGUCACAAAGGAAAUUGAACAGUUUGAAGAAGAAAAACCUCAUGUUUAA